AUCACGAAAGUUAAAAUUUGAAAGGAUUCUGGUUAAUCUGUAUUUAUCAGUAUUAAACUAUAUACUUAUGUACCUCAAAUCUUAAUUCAUUUAGAUUGAAUUAUUUAAAACUUAUAAACUAAAGAUCGUGAAGUAUAUUCCUAUUUGAGAAUUGAGAGUGCAGAAUGGCCAAUAUGUAUCUUUUAACUGAUGACUGUGUACAAUGACAAAAUUACACAAAAAUAACAGUCUAUUACCUUCGAGUAUAUUUUGUUUUGUGUGUAGAUAAAGUAUUCAAGUAUGAGUAAUAUUUAUAUUCAAGAACCUCCAGCGCUAGGAAAGGUGCUGUUAAAGACAACAGUUGGUGAUAUAGACAUAGAAUUAUGGACAAAAGAAACUCCAAAAGCAUGCAGGAACUUCAUUCAACUAUGUAUGGAAGGAUACUAUAAUGGUACAAUAUUUCACAGAGUGGUUCCUGAUUUCAUAGUUCAGGGCGGAGACCCUAAUGGUGAUGGUACAGGGGGAGAGUCUAUCUAUGGUGAACCAUUUAAGGAUGAAUUCCAUUCUCGACUUCGCUUCAACAGGCGUGGGCUUGUGGCAAUGGCUAAUGCUGGCAAGAAUGACAAUGGCUCUCAGUUUUUCUUUACUUUAGCGGCCACACCCGAGUUGCAGAAUAAGCAUACUAUAUUUGGCAAAGUAAUUGGUGACUCAAUAUACAAUGUACUUAAACUAACUGAAGGUCUAAUAGGCCCUGAUGAGAGGCCAGAACAUCCACAUAAGAUAACUGGUGCUACAGUUCAAAUUAACCCUUUUACUGAUAUUAUACCGCGGGUGACUGAGAAAAUAGUAAAUGAGCCGAAAAAGAAAAAAAAGAAGGAGAGACAGGGGGUCAAGAAUUUUGGCCUCCUAUCCUUUGGGGAAGAGGCAGAGGAGGAAGAAGGUGAGGCUUUGGAGUACCGUGGCAAGCCAAAGUCAACACAUGACUUACUAUCAGAUCCAAAGCUUAGCAGCAAAACCGCGGCCGAAUUAGAGUUGGAACAAGACAAAGAGAUGGAGCAACAAUCGAAACAAGAUAGUGACAAGAAGAAAGAAGAAACAGCGAUUGCGGUUUCUAGUAUACGAGAUAAGUUGAGUAAAAGAGAUAGAAGUCCUGAGGAAAGAGAUAGCAAAAAGAGGAAAGAAGAUAGUGAUACAGAGAAAAGAGAUAGUGAUAGUGACGGAGAGUACUACUUGGGGAAAGAGAGAGAUAUGGAGAGGAAAAAAGAGAGAGAUCGAAUCCGCAGCGAAAUAAAACAGCUUAGAAAGGAGAUGCGUGCUCCAAAAGAAGAGAAGCCGCAAGAGGUAGAGAAAGAGACGAAAGAGAAGACUAUUGAAAAUAACGAGAUGUAUCAGCAAUUCGUGCAAGAGCAGGACAAAUAUAAAAAAAUGAAGGAGACAGUACCAAAAAAGGGGGCCGCCAGAACCAGACGUUCGAAAUUAACACGAAAACCGAUGAAAAGGAAACCGUGGGUGAAGAAUUUAUAUGAGAAUCGAGAUUAUCCAGACAAUUACACAGACUCAAAAUUCUUGGAGCAUUUGAGAAAAAAUAUCUUUAUAGAAAAAGUGACUUUAUUACAAGCUGUGAAAGGCUCAUUUCGUGUUGUCCUCCGAUUGUGUAUAUGUGUGCUAUACGCAAUACUAUACACGUAUAUGUACAAUAAGUGGAUUCACACGUACACAGUGAUCUACGUGUCCGUUUUGAUUAUGUGUGCGUGCUACUGUUUAUAUGUGUGCGUGGAACGUGAUAUCUUAAUACAUUUUAAGGUUGUGUUGGUGUAUAUAGUUUUAGGUUAUAUACUUUCACCUAUUUUGCACACACUGACAGAUACGGUCAGCACAGACACUAUUUACGCUUGGGCAGUUAUCAUGAUGCUGCUGCAUUUGAUGUUUUUUGACUAUGGCGUCCCCGCGGCCUUUGUGUCGAAAUCGUUAUCGAUAAAUGCUGCAAUUUUUGCGUCUGUUUGUCUCGUUUCGAGAUUGAAUACGCCGUUUGACGCGUUCGUUCUGUUAACUAUAUCCGUGAAAUUUUUCGUUUUGAGUCCUAGAUUUUUUAAAGUAUAUCUUCAUUCGAAAUUAUUUGUAAUUUUGUUUUUUAUUAUUUUAAUUUUGACACUGGUCGCUUUAUAUAGCCUUUCGUGUAUUUUGAUGUGCUAUUUUAUGAUUUUAGUGUCCGUUUUGUGUGGUUAUUGUCCGUUUAUGUUUGUAAAAUGGCAAAAAUACAAGGAUAAUAAAUACGGGCCGUGGGAUGAGGCAAUUCUUAAUAGCUCUGAAGAAAUUGAUGAUGAUUAAUAUAUAUAAAUUAUAAUCAUACAUUAAUAUUUUAAAUUCAAAGUCAUAUUUAAUAAUAUUAAAAAAAUAGUUUCAUAUGAAGAAGAAUGGGCACGAAACUACAUACAUACUCUUUUAAAAUAUUUUGUAUACAUUAACUUAAAUUUUGUGAAGACCACAAAGAUUGUUAAAACAUAUAUAGAACAAAAUAUUUAUAAGUUGACGACUGGUAUUUUUUAAGUAUUCUGUGAUAAAGACCAAACCAGCGAAGUUAUGUUUAAUUAUUAUUAUAAGAGCUUUAUUUAUGAAUCCAUACAACAAUUGGAUAGUAUACAUUUCUUAAUAUAAGUUGUACAAAAUAUUAUAUGGUAUUGUAUGAUCCCUAAGAGCCUGCAAUUUAAAGAAUUGUAUUGGCCAUAUGUAUUAGAAAAGUGACAAAGUUUUGACAUAAGAUUUAGAAACAAAUGUAUAAUCAUUACUCUUACUAUAUGCUGUUUUAUUAUUAUCCUACUUAAUUCUUCGUCGUAGUCUUUACAGAAAUGCGGUGUCAUUGGCAGAUUCUACUCUUUUAGGUUUUUUUAGCGACACCCGCAAUCUGAGGCCACAAUUCCAACCCAACCAUUUUAUUCUAACCGCUAAUGAUAUAUAUGUCGCAGUAAAGUAGUUAAAUCAGAGAGUUAAUUGAAUCUCUAGACAGUUAAUUAAAAAUCGAUAUUCAAGAAAAGUUUUAAAUAACCGUUCUUGCCAAAUAAAAGGUUGUCCUAUUAAGAAUGUAAGCGUUGCAGUACCUAGUGCAAUAAUAGAAUUUUUGAAGUGAAACUUCUUAAUGGGCGUUGGAAAAA